AUGGGUCCGAUUGUGUUGACUCAGUUUGCGACGGGACUGAGCUUUUUGGCUGGGGCGGUUCUGGUGAAAUCUGUGAUGGAGAAUAAUCCGAUGGGGGGUCCGGGUGGACUGCCCAGAUGCCCCAGUUGUAAAGGUACGGGUCGGGUUACGUGCAUGUGUACCCGCUGGUCGGAUGGUGACGUUGGGUGUCGGACAUGUGCCGGGUCGGGUCGCAUGGCUUGCAAUAGCUGCGGCGGCACCGGGACAGGACGGGCCAUUCCUGUUCAGAUAUCAGUUCGCCCUUCGAAAGGGAUCUCGUGA